GUGUCUGCCAUGCGCUGUGGCAUCCUGCCCAUCUCCCGCGCCGCCUUGCUCUUGGGAGAUGUCGCCUACUUCGAUUUCCACGGGGAGGUGGAGGAUGAAAGCGAUCGAGUCGAGCUUCAAAAAUCCCUCGGUCCCACCUGCAAGAUCUUGGUGCUGCGUAACCACGGGGUGCUGGCGCUGGGUGACACGGCUGAGGAGGCCUUCUACAGCGUCUUCCAUCUGCAGGCAGCCUGCGAGAUCCAGGUGUCGGCGCUGGCCAGCGCGGGCGGCGCGGAGAACCUGAUCGUGCUGGAGCGUGCCAAGCACCGGCCCCACGAGGUGGGCUCCGUGCGCUGGGCUGGCAGCACCUUCGGGCCCAUGCAGAAGAGUCGCUUGGGCGAGCACGAAUUCGAAGCCCUGAUGAGGAUGUUGGACAACCUGGGUUACCGCACGGGCUACACCUACCGCUACCCCUUCGUGCAGGAGAAGAGCAAACCCAAAAGUGACGUGCUCAUCCCUGCCACAGUGACAGCCUUUGUCUUCGAGGAGGAGGCUGCUCCCGUCCCGGCGCUGAGGCAGCACGCCCAGAAGCAGCAGAAGGAGAAGACGCGGUGGCUCAACACUCCCAACACCUACAUGAGGGUCAAUGUGGCUGAGGAGCAACAGGGCAGUGCUGGCAGCCAGAAGACGAAGACGACGUGGUUGAAAGCAGACGAGGUGGAAAAAGGCAGCAGCGGGACCCCCAUCCGAAUCGAGAACCCCAACCAGUUCGUUCCCCUCUACACAGACCCGCAGGAGGUGCUGGAGAUGAGGAACAAGAUCCGGGAACAAAACCGUCAGGAUGUGAAAUCAGCCGGGCCCCAGUCACAGCUCUUGGCCAGUGUCAUCGCCGACACCAGCCGCAGCCCUUCCACAGAGAGUCAUUUGGGGGAUGCAGAAGCCAAAGAGGCGUCGCAGGAGGAGGCACCCCCUGAGCCGGAGCCCCCAAACCCCUUCAGCCAGCUCACCGACCAGGAGCUGGAGGAGUACAAGCAGGAGGUGGAGAGGAAAAAGCUGGGGCUGCAGGGCGAGAAGGAUGCUGCUGCGGCAGAGGAGAACCAGGCUCCCCCCGCCAAAUCGCCCCCCGCAUCCCCACCGCAGAGCCCGGCUGCGGCACCGCCAGAGACCCCGGCCCCGACGCCUGCGGAGCCCUCGGAGGGUGACAAGAAGGCGGAUGGUGGCCAAGAACCGGCUGAUUCCACCGCCGAGAAGGAGCCGCCGCCGGUGGUGAACGGGAAGGAUGAGGAGCAAAGCACUGAGGAAAGCUUGGGCAAAGGAGGGGACCGGACAACCACCCCUGCCAACGCUGACCAGGACACCCCCAAAGAGAAAGAGACGGUGACCAGCAGCCCCGUCUCCCCUGAAGGUUCACCUUCUAAAUCACCCUCUAAAAAGAAGAAGAAAUUCCGGACCCCAUCUUUCCUGAAAAAAGGCAAAAAGAAGGAAAAAAUUGAAUCUUGA